AUGUUACUAAAUUCGGCGGUUGGCCCGGCCCCGCCGCCGGCGCGCGCCGCAGAUAGCGGAGUAGGUUCCCCUCGGUCACCCCCGCCCCUUCUCCAUUCAGCGCAGCGCCCCGGCGGGGAAGGUCGGGCCUGGUUAUUUUUAGCCGGGCCUCGGGCGCGAGCGCGCCGCGUGAGGGGGCGCCCUGACUCCGCGGAGUGCGGAGGGGGCGGGGGUGGAGUCGCCAUCUUGGACUCGGCUCGACCCCGUCUGGUGACCGGCGACGCUGGGCCAGGCUCGGCGCAGGGGGUCGGGAAGCACAAAGAAGUUAAGUACUUGACCAAGUCACACCAAGGUAUGAGCCCAGGUAGUCUUGCUUCAGAGCCUACAUUCUUAUCCGUGCCCAUUGCCAGCCUCAUGCUCAUUCAUUUAGUGCUCCUGUGGACCGAUGGAAACCACCGAGCUUUUCUUCCACACGUUCUGUCAUGAAACUGGGGUGGAGGUGCCACACGUCCUUUCUUCCCAGGAUUGCUACCCCACUUCUCAGUGUGCUGUUACAGUGCUACUCCAGGAAGCCUUUUGCCUUCAUAAAUCUACAGUGAGAAGUCAAAUCACGGUCUUCAUGAUGUGUUCUACGUAAUAAAAGGCCCAGGGAGGCAGUAGAGUGUGUGUUGGAGUCGAAUCAACUUGGCUGGAAUCAGCAGCUUUGUGAGGCUGG